CUGAGCUGAAGGAUAACCAACACAGUUCAUGAUGUCUGCAGCUAGGGCAGCAGCUGUGGCUGCUCUUUUCAUUGUACUGUCUACUAUUACUUCAGCACAAACAGAUUCAAGAAGACUACAGACAUUUUCACAACGUCGGUCUCGGCCUUCAGUAGGCUCAGUGUCUCAUCAAUCUCCUCAUGUUUUACGUCAGAAUAGUGAGAGAAGAUCUCAAAGUGAAGCACUUGGCAACAGACAGAUUGCCCUGAAUAUGAGAAGGACUCCAUUGCUGAAUGAUGGACGUACUAGUCAACAAACAAAGCAUGUUGCAUCAGAAUCUGUCCAUCUUGUAUCUGUGAGAUCAAGGAAUCCACUUGGGAAAAGCCAACCUGCUUAUAGAGAAGACAUUUCAAAAGAAAAGGAAAUUUUAAAAGAAAAGAUAGCAGAGAAAGAUGCAAUGUACGAACCAAGUGAUGUAGUUGUCCGGAUUAUGUCAUCCCAGUCUGUGCUUGUUACCUGGAUUGACCCAGCACAUGAAAAGCAAAAAACAGUUAGUUCAAGCAGGCAAUACACUAUCCGAUACCGAGAAAAAGGAGAGUCAGCGAGGUGGGAUUAUAAACAGACAACACAGAGACGAGUACUGAUCGACAACCUUGUACCAGACACAAUGUAUGAAUUUGCAGUACAAAUCUUGGAUGCAGAAAAUGAAGGGAAAUGGAGUGUAUCAGUGUUUCAGAGAACACCAUCAUCUGCUCCUACGAGUGCACCAGAAAACUUUGAUGUACAACUGCUAAAUGGCAAAAAAACUGCAGUUAUUGCAACCUGGGAUCACCCUUCUGAGGCAAAUGGAAAAAUAAAAGAAUACAUUAUUUCAUACGCUCCGGCUCUCAAGCCCUUCGGAUUAAAGACCAUCACAUAUCCUGGAGAGUCAACAUCUGCCAUAAUUGACGGUCUGCAUCCUGGAGAGCGUUAUGUUUUCAAAAUUCGUGCAGGAAAUAGAAGAGGGCAGGGUCCUCAGUCUAAAGCCUUCAGUGUCAUGAUGCCAGUAUAUGGAACUAGUGAUUCAGCUUCACAUAAGACAACAAGAAUGCAAGAAGUGGUAGAGAUGGAUAAAGAAAGAGAAUUAGUUACGACAUCUGCACCAAAAACAUCUGCAACAGUACCAACCUCUUCAACAAAACCACCAUUCUUUUCAUCCCGGUCUCAGACAAAUCCACCAUCUGUACCCAGAAAUAAAGAAGUGAAAAGUUCUACUGACACCCCUACUUUAUCGAACUCUCAUUCCAAAAUGCAUCCUUCUUUCCAACGUAAAUCAUUAAAUCAAGGAAGAAAAAGAGUAUCUGUUUCUCGUAUACCUUCUCCUAAAUUUGUGAUUUCUUCUACUCAAUCUCCAGCUAAGUCAGAUGGGCAGGAGAUAGUGCCAGUACAACAGGAAAUAUCACCUGGAUCUUUCUCCAGUUUGAAAGACACUAAAGAGGAAAAUUCAGAUGUAUCAAAUGUUUUGUUAUUACCUCAUACUUUAUCAGAAAAUACACCGACUAAAAAGGAAGGUGUAGUUCACCAUAAUGUUGACGAUCAAGAAAAGGUAAACAAAAACACACAUCUUUUAAAAGAAAAAGACCUAUUAAAAUCCAGCUCAAUGGAACCUAAGUAUAAAUUUGACACACAAAGACAACCUUCUAGCUCUUCUUUAGAGAAAAAUAGUAAUUCUAAAAUUAGUUUAUUUCCUUCAGAAAGUCCAUUACGUCUUCCCAAUGUAUCAUCUAAAUUGUCCCAAGUAGGCACCCCAUUUUCAGGAGGAGAAAAGGCAAUGUCAUAUAAGCCUAAACCUGAUUUAUCUUCAGCUUCUGCUUCCCACUUGGAAAGUAGUGAUCAUAUAAAGAAGCAAGUAGUAUCCCAGCCUAAUUCUGGUUCAGAGGAGUCAGUUAACCAUAAAAUAUCAUCUUCUCAGUUAGGACAUGGUAUAAAACCAAAGUUCCCCUCAGUGCAUUCACAUUUGAACUCUUUAAGUAAUCAAAAUGCAGAUUAUUCUAAAACUAGAACCAGCCAACCUAGGCAAGUGCCUUCGUCAAGAGUGCUGCAGCCAAAACGUUCUCUUCAGAUAGCUAAUUCAGGUAAUAGGUCCCCUAUUGCAUCAUCUAAAGAUAGUAGGAUAUCAGACAACUCACAGAAAGAUCAUGAAAGACAUGAAAAAACAAUCAUAUCUUCAGGAAUAUCAUCGUCACAUAAUGCAAACACAGGUGUGCAAACAGGCAUGCAGUCACGUUUUGCAGUUCCUAAAAAGAGUGUGCCUGUUGAAGAAACAAGUUCUACUGCUUUGAAAGUAAAUUCAUUUGAUGCAGAAGAUGAUGAAUAUGAAAAUGAAAGGAAAGCUGAACUUGAAAAAUUAAAGUCAGCCUCCAAAGUGCAUCACAGUGGUUCAUCAUCAUCUUUAAGAUUUCCAUCUUCUGGAGAUUUGCAUGAAUCUGGGAAAAGAAACCAUCAUUUAGCAUCAAGAGUUUCUCAAAAGACAGUAAGUGCAGAACAACUAUCACAAACAUCCCUUGGUUCUUCCUCAGUUGAAACAAAGAGUAUUUCUCAUUCAUCAACUAUAGAGCCUGACAGUCAAAACAGAAAAUUAGAAAAACCUGAGUUAGCUUCCAAGGUAUAUCAUCGUGUGUCUUCUGCUUCGAGAAAAUCUCCUUCACUGGAUUCACAUUUAUCAAAAGAUAACGAGAGACAGAUUGGCACUGGCUACCCCAACAUACGGAGAUAUAAUCCAAAAUCAAAACAGGGUACUUCACAUAAGUCCUCUUCAUUCCCCUCCAUAACCAAGUCCACUACUAGGCCACACUCUUCUUUAGUCAAAGAAGUUACUGAAAGUGCACACGGCUACUAUGAUAGUGAUGAUAAGGAUGUAAAAGACACAGAAAUUAUGGAAGAAAGGCAGAGUUUGCUUCCAUCUGUCUCCAAGUCAGACUCAUCAUUGUCUCCUGAUACCCCAUUUUCUUCUUCAGCUAAUGUACACUCCUCAUCUACUCAUUCACAGCCUGUUCAGAGAGGUCCUGAUAUUAGUAGCUCCAGACGAAGAAACAGUCCAAUCAUUAAAUCAGAUUCGUCUAAUGCAUCUCCAUAUAUAUCAUCCAUACUCCCUAAAUCUGGAGGAUCAGUUUCCACUUCUGGAGAAAACAGGCAAAGAAGCUCCAGAAUAAUUAACUCAAAGGAAGAAGAAUCUAGUGAGUCCACUUUAUUAAUAAAACCUUCUUUGCCAUCCGAACUUCCAAAAAUUUCCUCAGGUUUUUCAAAACAUACAUCAAAAGCAAAUCACAUUUCUAAUAAGGAGACUGGAUGGAACCACUCCAGAGAGUCUCAACAUGUAUCAAAAAUGCCUUCUUCAUCAUCUUCUUCUUCUUCUUCAGAUGAUCGUUCAUCAGGUCUGCUGAAGGAUCCAUAUGGUUUGCAACUUCAUAGGGGUUCUGCAAGGGCAUCUUUAUCAGAGACAACUGGAGCACAUUUGUCCUCUAUAACAUCUGAGAACUUAUCUCCGCAACGUCCACUGCAACCAACCCAAUCAUCAUUACCAUCAUCUGAAUCUGUACUCCCAUCCAAAACAAGAAACCAUUACAACACUUAUCCAGGCAGCAAUGGGAAGAGGCUAUUUCAUGGCAGACCCAGCAAGCCAUUUUUGGGACAAGGUAAAAAUGGUAGACCAAAUCUUACAACAAAUGGUGAUAAAACAGGGAAAAUAUCAAGCACAAAUAAUGGAAAACCCUUUGGACAGAGACGGAUCACAGGUCCUUCUGGUGCAACAUUGAUUAUAGAUUUAGAUAAAGAGCUGGUAAUGGAUUUGGAAGGAAGGUACCUCCAGGAUUCACAAGGUAACCCUAUCAAAGUGAAGAUGGGAAGAGACGGACAAACAGUUGUUGAUCAGGAAGGAAAUCCAGUUCUAAGCCCUGAUGGAGUCCUUAUGUUGGGACCUGGUUGGGAAAGCAAACCUGUUGUAAGGAAGCACAGUAAGCCUAUAUCAAAUGGCCGAGGGAGACAUAAUUCUGCUUUGGAAGUAAUGAAGAAAGCAACUAAAGCCCCAGUAACUACCCCAACAACAACUACCACUACUACUACUACGACAACAACUACAACAACCACUACCACUACUCCAGCAACUACAACAACCACUACCACUACUCCAGCAACUACUACCGAGCCUGCUACAGUACCAACUACAACUGAAAUGACAACAGAGGCUGCAACAACUGCACUUCUGGAGCCUACCUGCCCUCCUGGUACUUACCCUAAAAUAGAUGAAUAUGGAAAUUAUAUAGUGGGGUCUGACGACACACUGGAAUGUGAAAUAGAAGAGGAAGAUUACUCAGGAAUGGACACUAUGGACUCACUGGAUACUUCAGUUAUUGAAGAAGGUUUUCAAGUAGUUACAAGUAUGCCCUCUAUCGUAACUGAACCGCCUCAGCCAACAACUAUAGCUUCACACAUUUCCAUUCCAUCCUUAGACCUGGAUAUUGCAGGCAAAGCACGAUUCACAGCACCUUAUGUUAAUUACAUCAGUAAGGACCCAGCAACUCCCUGCUCCCUAAAUGAUGCACUGGAACAUUUUCAAGUAGAAACCCUGGCAGACAUCAUUCCUGAAGAGCAUAUGAAGAAAGCCCCUCAGCAAGCACCAAGCAACAUCACCAUUGUAGCAGUGGAGGGUUGUCACUCCUUUGUCAUCUUGGACUGGGACAAUCCUAAAGCAGGGGACACUGUAACAGGUUACUUGGUUUAUAGUGCAACUUAUGAUGACAUCCUGAAUAAUAAGUGGUCAUCAAAGCAAACAGGAAGUACUGUAACACCAAUAGAAAACCUGAAGCCAAACACAAGGUAUUACUUUAAAAUCCAAGCAAAGAAUCCACAUGGUUACGGACCAAUGAGCUCUCCAAUCAGUUUUGUUACAGAAUCAGAUAACCCACUAAUUAUUGUCAGACCUCCAGGAGGUGAGCCAGUAUGGAUUCCUUUCACCUUCAAGUAUGAUUCUUCAUAUACAGACUGCAAAGGCAAGCAAUAUGUGAAAAGGACUUGGUAUCGCAAGUUUGUUGGAGUUGUUUUGUGCAACUCUUUAAGAUACAAAAUUUUCCUAGCUGAAAAUCUCAGAGAUACAUUUUACGGUAUUGGAGAUGCCUGGGGGAGAGGUGAGGAUCAUUGUCAGUUUGUUGAUUCUCACAUGAAUGGGAAAACUGGACCAUCUUCAUUCAUAGAGGCUCUACCAAGUCUUAAAGGCUACUAUCGACAUUACCGCCAGGAGCCAAUUAACUUUGGUUACAUAGGACGUGGAACGCCCAAUUAUUAUGUGGGGUGGUAUGAAUGUGGAGUGCCGAUUCCUGGAAACUGGUAACUUUGGGAGAAUUUCACCUGCAAAGCACAGACGUACUGUAAAGACACUCUUCUGGAUUGUGACUGUAUAUAAUUAAAACUGAAACAGAAUCUUUCUUUACUGAAAACAGCUGGUGCUCAAAAUGUACUACUAUUACUAAUAAUAGAUUAUGAUAAAAUUUGUUCUUCAGGGUAAUUAAAAGUAUUACUUUUCCGGGGGGAAACAGAAUGCAACAUAUUAUUGUGUGUUACUACACUCAAGCUCUGUUGUCAAGUACAAAUUAACACAGCAUAAAUACGGCAAAAUGUUAUAUUCAUUACACUGCCAGUGUGAAGCUGACAGUGAGGAAAAAAAGAAAAUAAUAAAUAAAAAACGAUUGCUCAAAAUGUUGCAGAAGCAGGCCUUAGAUAGCUUAGAUGACCAGUUUCCACUUACGCAGCAAUAUGGAACCAUUUGAACUGUUCUUAUUUCCACAACAUCAUGCAUUCUUUAAAAGGGGAAUAACUUAUGCAAAAAAAGAGUUUGCUAUGGCAAGUGGUAAGUGAAGAUAACAUUGUGCAAACUGUGCUGUUCUAUAUAUAGUUAUCUGCAUUAUUAUUUUGACUUUAGUAGAGUAUAAAAUUUGUCUUUUGCAACAUAUAAUUUUUAACAUGUGCAGUUAUCUUGUAUAACUAUUUCACUUAUUAAGCUUAUAAUAUAUAUAGUAAAUUGUAUAGAAAGUGUUUUUUUUUCAGUAAAUCUGUGUGUUAAGAAUGUUAUGAUCUUUGGAUUUAAUCAUUAAAAGAUGAGUGGUCACUUGGGAAGUACUGCAAUUCAAAGGAAGCCAAAGCACCUGGUCAUAUAACUACAGUGGGGAUCCAGGGACGUCUACCAAUGCUAUCUGGUUUAAUCUAAUGUCUAAAGAUUGCAUGGUAGCUGAUCCAUCAGCUUAAAGUGGUCUGCAAGGAGCCAUCCUUUAUUCAUAUUAAACAGCACUGACAGAAACUUUGCACUAGAUUUGCUAUUUAAACUGUUAGUUUGCUGUGUGUUCUAAUAUUCACACUUUUUAACUGCAGCUCUAGUAAAAGAGCAAUUAAACCAAAACUCUGUUACAAUGUAAAUGCUUACUGCAACAAGGGUGGGUAAGAGCCCCUUAUUUUUCUAAUAUGAGUCCACAUAAGGAGCUGGUUCUCCAGUAUAAAGAAACAAACCAGAAGAGGAGCACAGACACCACAGGGGUCCCUGUUCAGCCUUUUGCCUGCACAUAUGUAUGUGUUAUUUAUUUCUAUAGCAGCCCCUUGCCUACUUGUUACAGUUAUCCUGUAAAGGAAAAAUGUAAAAAGGUAAGCAAAAUAAAUUAGAAAAAUAUAGUUGGACUUCAAUUACUGGCCAUAUUAUUUGCAUUUUCUUUCACUUGUCUUCAUAGCCCACAAGUAGGAAUGUAUCAUAUCCACAGCAUUCUUAAGGUCUGUAAAUGAGAAACAUUAAAAAACUCUUGGAGAAAAA